AUGGUUUUGGCUCAAGAAAAGACGAAGCGCCUGGUAUGGUCUCUAGUGUCCCUAUUGUUCCUUGUGACUGUGUUCGUCUCAUUCGCUGUCUUAAGUGAACGAUUCCCCACAUUGUUGCUGUCAUCUCGUGUCUCUCCGGUGGAGUACACUCAAUUGAAACUUUCAGCAGAAGAGAAAGACGAUUUAAAAAGGCUAGGAUUAACACCAAAAAAUCCAGUUGAAGUAAAAAAUCCAUUGACAGGGGAAAAAAGAACCAUUCAUGGCCGAUUCCUCCAUUUGACCGACUUCCAUCCCGACCCAUACUACAAACCUGGCCUGUCCAUCGAAGAUAAAUGCCAUGGUGGUAAAGGCGAAGCAAGUAAGUAUGGUGAUGCCAUUUUGGGCUGUGACGCUCCAUUAGAUCUUGUUUUUGACACCAUUGAUUGGGUUGAGAGCAACUUGAAGGAUAAAAUCGACUUCAUUGUAUGGACUGGUGACAACGUUCGUCAUGACAAUGACAGGGAAUAUCCUAGAUUUGAGACAGACAUAUUUGAGUCAAACGAAAAAAUCUCAAGGAUAAUGUAUGAAAAAUUCGAUAUAUUGCCUAUUCCCUCACUUGGCAAUAACGAUGUUUAUCCUCAUAAUUUAUUUGCCGAAGGACCUACCCUACAAACUAGAGAAUUUUACAAGAUUUGGAGACCCUAUGUUCCUCAGCCUCAACUUCAUUUAUUCAACAAAGGAGCUUACUUUUUCCAAGAGGUCAUUCCCGGUCAAUUGGCAGUGCUUUCUAUAAAUACCUUGUACUUAUACAAGUCUAACCCACUUGUGGAUAGCUGCGACAAAAAGAAAGACCCUGGCUAUAAGAUUUUCAAAUGGUUAGGUUAUGUUUUGAAGGAAAUGAGAAGAAGGAACAUGAAGGUGUGGCUCACUGGCCAUGUCCCCCCAACACCAAAGAACUAUGACAUCUCAUGCCUUCGUAAAUACAUUAUGUGGGCCCAUGAAUACAGAGAUGUGAUUAUUGGGGGCUUGUAUGGUCAUAUGAACAUUGAUCAUUUUGUACCCUUGGACUCGAAGAUGGCAUACGAAUCAUUUGAGUCUAAAUUCAAGGAAAUAAUGAGACAAGACGAUUUCAAAACAUUCGAAGAAGAUGACGAGGGAGAAGAUGUAACACUCGAAAAGUUGUACGAGGCAUUCAAUUCUUCUAUCCAACACGAUUCAAUUAAAGAAGCCCCAGGAGUUUUUGAUUUCUCCAAGGAUAUCCAUGUGGAAGCUGGUGUUCCCAAGGGCAAGGUUGACUACAUGAAUACGUUUAGAGAAACUAUGUAUGCUGACAUUAAGCGUUCCAAGAAAUGCGGAAAGCUCUCAGAAAGGUAUUCUGUCGCUCAUGUGUCUGCAAGUGUUGUACCGACGUUCAACCCCGGAUUAAGAGUUUGGGAGUACAACAUUACCGACUUACACAACAUCAAAAUGAAUGAUUUUGGUACCUGGGACUCCUUCUUUUCAAGCGUCGAUUAUUUGCUUGAGAAGGAUGACGGGGCAGAUUACCACGACUCUUUCGCAACAUUUAACGACAAGGUCGACGCCUUCAAGAAAGACAAGACCAUCCCACCAAAAAUGCCAAAAGACCUUCCUUUGGGACCUGCUUAUGAUAAGCAGCUCUUUACUCCAGAGCGUUAUGUUCAAUACUUCCUUGACUUAGAGGGCAUCAACGAAGGCAAGAAAAAGUUCGAAUAUGAACUCGAGUAUAGCACUGAUAACGAUGCUUAUAACAUGAAAGAUCUUACUGUCAAUGAAUGGCUUCAUCUAGGCAGAAGACUAGGAGCUCCGGUGAGACAGAAACGCAAAGGUGCAGACGAAAAAGAAGUAAAUAGUCCUAAACUGGGGAAGAAACUAGACGCGCUCUGGAAGCAAUUUCUCAAGCAUACUUUCAUUGAUUCAAACUACGAGAAUCUUGGGUAUGGAUUUGAAUGA